UGUGGGGCAGGAGGGCAGGCAGGAGAAAAAGGAUGACGGCUUCUGUGGCGUGGGUGGGGAGAUCUGUGCCCGCUCUGAGUUGGGGAAAGGACUCUGUGCUCUCCAGUAACGUGGUCGUCACCACCUCCACGUCUUAAGUCCCCUGUGUCAAGCAGCGUUUCUUUUUGUCUGUUCCGAAUCUGCUGCCCAUCAGCUGCAUUGGAUGCCCUGGAGUUCUAGGAGGGGCGUCCUUGGUGCGAAGGGACAUUGGUCCCUCAUCCAAGGACGGAGGCCCCUUCGAAGGGAGGGAUCAGGUCCCUCCUCCUCCAGCCUUGAGACUCCCGGUCUCCGUGACAGCGGAAGAGCUGUCAGCACAGGAUGGGGGGCUGUUCUGGGAGGCCCCUGAAGGUCUCCUCUGCAGGCCUGCCUCUCCCUCGGCUUCUCCAGGUCGGCACCCCCAGCCUCAAGGGAAUGAACCUGGGAGCCAAGAGCUCUGUCCUGCAUGUGGCGCAUGCUCUGCAGCGCACUCGAGAGCUCCCGCUCUCUGCUGGCUUUCUACCUGCAUAACAGCUUUGGUCACUUGAAGCGUGCUUACCUGGACCUGUGGAGGGUUCUGCGGAGGUGGAGCUUCUACAUAGAUCAUGGCUGAGGAUCAUAUUGCGGUCUGGCAAGGGUUUCCCCCCCUGUGCCCCUCCCUGCUCUAUCCGUGAAUGCACGCAAGACAUGGACCCCGUGGCGUUCGGCGUCUACACAGAGUUCUUCACUCAUGUUCAGAGCAUCUGCUACUUCCUGCAAAACGAGGCCUGGCAGCAGCGAGCCCAGUCCACCGCCCUCAGGCUGACCUCUGCUUCGGAAGACGUGGCCCGCCAACUGGCAUCCACCAACCAGCUUGCUGAGGAGACUGCCCGUGUACAGAAUGCCACCUUGCUUUCCCAAGAACGGAUCCUGCAAGAUGGAGAGCUGUUGCGACAGACACUGCAAGAUUCCUCCCAAGGUGUCCGUCAGGCCUUCCGAGACUUGCAGGAUUCGGCUGGUGAGCAGCGGGUAGUAUUUGCCGAGAUCUUCAACCAUGUGGCGUUCCUGCACCGUUUUGUGGUGGGGAAGUCCAGCGCUGUCUACUCUGUCCUCUUCCACCUCCUGAGUGUGGCCGCUGUCCUUGUUUUGACCUCCAGCCAACGAACCUCAGGAGCACGAUGCAUUUUACUGGCCUUGGUGGGAGCCAGCAUUUACCUGGAAAGCACCAUCUGCAGCCUUCUCAUGGACAACUCAGAAGGGGGCUACGAUUUGAUGGAGGAAAGCCUCUCCUUCUGGGUUGGCUUGUCCCGCUGGGGGUUUGCUGUGGUGGGCUUAGCCGUGGCGGCUUACUGCAUCUGGUCCUACAAGGACCCCAUCAGGCAGAGCCAGGAGGUCCUGCAAAGCCUCCGAGAGACCCAGGUGGAGUUCCAGCGCCUGCUCCAAGAAACAGAGAGGCUCUUAGCUGAGAGAGAUCUACUGCUUCAUGGCUCUGAGCCCCGUGCCACAAGUAAGGCAUCUUCUGACUCAGGAGUCCCAGAGCAACUGUCCAGCUUGGAGUCCAAAGCUGAGAAGACGGAAGGCCGGGUUGGAAGGCCCCAAGUGGCAAAGGUGUGGGCCAGCGCCCUCAAGCGGAGACGACACUCCCUUCCCCACGCCGCUCGGUCUCCAUCCCGCCAGCAGAGUCAGAUGUGCAGUGAAGCGCUGGCAAUCCCGGUGCCUCUGGAGGAGGUUCGGCAGUACAACCUUCGACGGCAUCCAGCAAUCCCUCGUCCUCCAAGCCAUGUUUAAGGCACCUUGGGCUUGGCCCCAGGUGGAAAGACUUCGGAACUGUCACCUCGGCUUGCACCAGUACAACUCCAGGGGGCAUCUCUCGUAAUACAGAGUCUCCAACUCUGUAAGCCUGGCCCACUGCUGGAGUAGAUCUCCUUAGCCAGGUCUAGAGAUUUUGGGCUUUCCCCUUUUAGAAUGUCCUUUUAACAGCUUGGAAACUCAAAUGCUGAGAGAUGUGGACAUUCCUUGCUCUUGUCCCUGCGUAAGAGGAGUCGCUCUCGUGGGUGCAAACUACCCAAAGCAGGCAGGCUGCGACUUGUCCAGUCCAGGGCUGCCUCCCGUGUUCCAUUUCCCCCCCUCCUCCCUUGACUUUUCUCUUCUGGGUUAGGUUGUUAAAUGGACAGGACUCAUGGCAGAUACCCUCCCCCUUCCACUCUGAUUUUUUA